AUGUUUUCAAAAAAAAGAAUUUUAGAUUCACCAUAAUAAUCUGAUAAUUCUGAAUAAGAUCAUAAAAAUAUCAGAAUAUAUAGUUCUAGAAAUAUUUUAGUAUUUAGGUUCAUUAAGAUAUUAAAUUAAGGUGUAAAAAAAGUUAGAAAAUUUACUUUAAUAUAUUAAUAGUCAUAUUUAACUCAAAAAAUGAAUUAAGAAUGAUUGAAAGAUUAUGUCCAAUUUAUUAAAAUCUUAUUUUUUGUUGAUUUUUAAGAUGCUUCAUCAUAUUUACUAAAGUGUAACAUUGUAGCAAAAUUAGAAAAUCAAUUCUUAAUUUCUAAAGUGAGUUGAAUAAUCUUGCUCCAAAGUUUAGAGUUUUAUAAUUAUUAGACAGAGUAGUUUAUUAUGAAUUGAUUUAAAUUCAUCCAUUUUUACAUAAAUUACUAGACUAUUCAUCAAAAUAUUUUGAGAUUAUUGAAGGAUUCUUUACUUUUCUACUAAAAUGCCAAAAUACAUCAACAACAUAAAAAAAAUUAUUACAAUUUUAGUUGUUUAAUAAAUUAUUUGAAUUUAGUUUGUAAAUUGGUGUGAAUCUUUAUUAUUUAAUGAGAUUAUAUUAAUAAAAAUCUAAACAAUAAAAAUUCAAAAAAAAUUAGUAACAGUUAUUUAUUCAUUUCUUCAUAAUUUAAGUUUAGGAGAUUGUGAGAAUAAAUUAAUUUAAUAAGGUAUAUAAACAGUAUUAUUUGAAAAUAUGUCUGAUAAGAUUGUAUCUUAAAUCAACUCUAUUCAAUAUUAACUAAUUUAAUAACAGAUAAUUUUGA